AAGACUCAUUCAUCUGUGUGAACUGUCAGUCAGGAUGCCUGAAGCCGCCAAGUCCGCGCCCAAGAAGGGCUCCAAGAAAGCCGUGACUAAGACCGCCGGCAAAGGAGGCAAGAAGAGGAGAAAGAGCAGGAAGGAGAGCUACGCCAUCUACGUGUACAAGGUGCUCAAGCAGGUCCACCCCGACACUGGCAUCUCGUCCAAGGCCAUGGGCAUCAUGAACUCGUUCGUCAACGACAUCUUCGAGCGCAUCGCCGGUGAGGCGUCUCGCCUGGCUCACUACAACAAGCGCUCCACCAUCACCUCCAGGGAGAUUCAGACCGCCGUGCGUCUCCUGCUGCCCGGUGAGCUGGCCAAGCACGCCGUGUCCGAGGGAACCAAGGCCGUCACCAAGUACACCAGCUCCAAGUAAACACACUGCUCGGACUGCAACAAUCUCAUCAACCCAACGGCUCUUUUAAGAGCCACACACUUUAUCUAAGAGUUCACAUGAUCUUUACACAAUGUGUCACCUUAUCCCAAAUGUAUUUAAAUGGAAACUAAUGAGUAAGCAUGACAUUAAGUUGACCCAAGUCAACACAUCAUGCUAUGUGUGUCUUUCUUGUCACACAUUGUGAUGUGACUGUAUCUGUUUGCCUGCAUGUGUUCUCACUACAUAGUCUGAGCUGUGUCACUGACCUGAAACAAAGACUCGUUCAGAGAGACAGAAAAAAAGGCCGUGCAUCAGGAAACGGGUGAUGUUCUCUGCACAUGCACUUGUUUGAAUGGUCAAAUGUUCACUACCACAAAUCAUUCUUCAUUUGGGAAAAGUAAAAUAAAAGUUUAUAUUUGUAAUGAAACAACAAUAUUCCAAUAAUAUAGUUUUCCUCAGAAUAAUGAUUUUAAUUGCGGUAGCAGAGUUUCAUCGUGUAAAACUUCAUUGUGACACAAACACAGAUGAAUGAGUGAGUAUUUUAUAUAAUUGCUCUCGUCACUGACUUGAAUGCAACUACUUUUACAACCUCAGCUGUUUCUAAUCAUCUCAGCAUAUGCACACUACUUGCCUCGCCUCAGCACGGCAGGAUUAGGUUGAUCUCCACUACAAAAAAGUACCUACUUUACGUGGGCGGAGUCAUCACUCCACGGCUGAGUGAAACUGCAGUGACUUUGUUUUAUACGCGACACACACACGAGUGACUUUACACCAGACUUCUGUAGUUGUUGGAGAUUAACCCACGUUUUUAAAAUUGUUAAGUAGUUUUAAGUGAUCUACAGUUUGGCGCUGUUCAGCUUCAUUUGUUUGUGGGACGCCUCUUUCUGUACCUACUUAGCACGCUUGGAAACUUUGCUAUAGUGUGUAUUUUUUCUCCUUGCAGUAUUGUGUGUAGUACCCUGGUUCUUUUGUUCCUUUUUGUUUGGAGACCAGUGCUCUGAGUUUAUUUAACGUCAACAUUAACAGCAUUUACUUUUAAAUAAAGUAACACCUUUUGUUUUGGAUUCCUAA